AUGCAAACAGAUCCCCCGGCUGGUGUCUCCGCCUCUCCCGUCGCCGAUAAUGUCAUGACCUGGAAUGCCGUCAUCAUUGGACCUGCAGACACCCCCUUCGAAGAUGGAACUUUCCGCCUGGUCAUGCACUUCGAGGAACAAUACCCAAACAAGCCCCCCGGCGUCAAGUUUGUCAGCCAGAUGUUCCAUCCAAACGUCUACGGCACUGGCGAGCUCUGCUUGGACAUCCUGCAAAACCGCUGGAGUCCCACGUAUGACGUGGCCGCCAUCCUCACCAGCAUCCAGAGUCUGCUCAACGACCCAAACACAUCCUCGCCCGCCAACGUGGAGGCUUCCAACCUCUACAAGGACAACCGCAGAGAAUACACAAAACGCGUCCGGGAAACCGUUGAAAAGAGCUGGGAGGACUAG